AGGAUGUCGGCGGCUGAAGUAACAGAGGGGUCAGCGAAGGUGGAGAUGUGUGGGCAGCCGCUGUUUUACCGACAGGCUCUCCCUCCUUCCGGAGAGGCGAGGCUCAGCGUCCUGCUGCUGCACGGCAUCCGCUUCUCCUCAGAGAACUGGCUCCAGAUCGGGACCCUCCGCGCGCUGGCUGAGGCCGGCUUCCGCGCCGUGGCUCUAGACUUACCAGGUCUCGGUCAGUCCAAAGCCGCGGAGGCUCCUGCCCCGGUUGGUGAGCUGGCCCCUGGUGAGUUUUUGAGGCAGGUGUGCGAGGGGCUGCAGACGGGGCCGGUGGUGGUGAUCAGCCCCUCUCUCAGUGGCAUGUACUCCCUGCCUUUCCUUUUCCAGCACACCCAGCAGGUGAAGGCCUACAUUCCUGUAGCCCCCAUCUGCACGGAUAAGUUCACGGCAGAGCAGUACAGCGGCGUACAGGUUCCGACUCUUAUUGUAUAUGGAGAUCAGGACACUCAGUUGGGUGAAGUGUCUCUACGUAACCUGAGUCACCUGCCUAAUCACAAAGUGGUGGUAAUGAAGGGGGCGGGGCAUCCCUGUUACCUUGACGACCCAGGGACUUGGCAUAAAUCCAUCCUUGAGUUCUUGCAGACCUUAUCAUAGUUUAAUGAUCACAGUGUCACUAUAACUCACUCUGAAAUUUAACUUCUCUUUUUUAAAUCAGCCACAGUGAAUUACAUCAGAUUUCUACUGUCAUGCGAAAUCAUUCCAUUCAGUUAUUUUACAGUGUACAUGGUAUACGGCAGCUUUUUACAGCAGAAUGAAGGUCUUUGACUUUAAUCUCCGUGAAGCCUAAUGUAAGUACGGUAAUACAGUGCACAACAUGAAGCACAGAAAUAGUCAGAGGUGAUCCCAGUGUGAAUAUCAGUAACGCUAAAGAAAUGAGUUUUGUGAAGGUUCUCGUUUCUGCUACUUUACCUCAACACAACAUUACAACAUAACAUUUAAUUAGUUUUGAAUAGUAUGAACACUAGAAGACAAUGUGCAGUGUGUACUGUGCAUUUAUGAUGCUCCACUAAUGAUCUCAAACUUGAUUCUGCGUGAACUAAAAUGGGCAUUCCGGCCUAAAACUGCAGAGUAAUAUGCUGCCUGUAGUGUUAUGCGGCAUUCUGUAGCGCAGCAUUGUAUUCUUUAGACUCAUCAGUUUGGCAUAAUUCAUGAUUUUACAUUGUUUUCAUAUUUUCUUUACUGGGUCAUUCUACAGAAACCUCCAUUUUUGUGUCCCUAGCGUUUACAGAAAUAUUACACUUGAAAAACGUUAGAGUUCGUUUUUUUUUUUACAUUUUCAAAUAAAACAAUGUUAUUUUAACAUUAACAUUAACGUUACACCUUCUUGAGCCGUCAGUUUAGCAAUAUUGGUUUUUAAAUCAAUCAUAUAGAAUUCCAAGCACCACAGAAGAGCUCGUCCCCACAGUCAUGUGUAAAGGGUGAGGCCAUAUUCUGAAGAAAAAAACACAUUUUUCAGCAAUUUUAACUACAGUAAUCUAUACAUGACUAUGGAAUAUAUGAAUGAAAUGACAAAGAAGACAACUGGCAAAUAAAUAUAAAAUAUAUAAUGGAAGUUAUGGCCCCCAGGAGUUGUGUCACUGUGGUGUAACUGCAAAAUUACAUAUUUUAGUGGAUAUUCCAUGAUUGACAACAUGUGGUUUGAUGCUCUGUAGCAGCCAUUUUGUAAAAUGCAUUUUCAUUUAAAAAAUGUUUGGUGUUACGUUUCUUAUGUGUAACACCAAUGAGGAUCAGUAACACCAGUGAGUCCUAUGGAGAGAUAGAAAAGUGGACGUUUCUGUAGAAUGACCCUACUACAGUACUCAGCAUGCGUUAUACAAGUAUAUCCUACAGCCGCUGGUAAUCCCUGUGGUGUCAACCAGUCCUUACUGUUAGCCACUGAUCUAGAGACCAAUAAAUACAACCAGACUAGCAUUAAUGCACCUCUGCCUCCAUCAUCAAACAAAAUAGCCUUAAGUGGAUGCCAGAACCAAGUUUUGGACCCUUUCAUCCAGAAAAAAAGCCAGACUGAGGAUGUAUAUAGCCAGACAGCUUUGCUAACUGUAGCUUUCAGAGUUUAUCCUUUUUAUAUGAUGUCAUUUCCAUUGUUGUAGUAAUCCAUUCUCUGUAACGAUGACUUGAACAGUUAUCAGUUGUAUGGCUGCUAUAUGAUAGUCAGCAUCCUAGCAGUAACAUUAGCAUCUGCCUUCCUUCUGCACUCACCAGUUAGCGAGAAAGAAAUCCACCCCAAAGCAGUUGUAGUUUUUCACGUUUCUCCCACCUCUAAGAUGCAUCAUUAGAAAGUUUUCCUAGUCUAUAAAGCGGGAAAUCUCACUCGAGAGACUAUUGUGCCGCUUCUGUGGGUGGCACUAGACCAGGGGCCGGCAACAUGCGGUUCCAGAGCAUGCGGCUCUUUUACUGCCCUGUUGCGGCUCCACGGACAUUAGAUUUUUAGGUAAACAUAAAAUAAUCCUCCUUUGCAGUAAAAUAAAACUCUGCUGAUCGUUCAACACAGUUUUAACAAAUGCUGGAGUUUAUAUGUAACUGCAAAUUCACUCUUUACCCCUGAAGGUUGGUGUGCAGACUGCUGGUCGCCAUAGCAAUGCAGACAAGCCUAGCUAGUAGCAAACGAAAAGGCAAAGAGAAAGAUGAACAUUGAUAAUUUGGAGACAGAUAGACUGAUUUGCAUUUCUAAGCACUCAGCUGGUUUCCUGAUACGUUUAAUCUGCAAUGAGAAACUGUCAAACACUAAAAAGUCACAAAGUUGUGGUCAGCUUCUCAUUCGCCAGCUUCUUCUUCAGAUUUUCCUGUUCCACCUUAAAUGGUGCAGC